AUGGAACCAACAAACCUACUAAACGAGCAACGAACAAAUACCAGCCAACAAACCAAACCAACUCAACGAGCAACGAACAAAUACCAAACCAACUCAACGAGCAACGACGAAUACCAAAACAAAACUCAACGAGCAACAAACAAAUACCAAACCAACUCAACGAGCAACGAACAAAUACCAAACCAACAAACCAACUCACCGAGCAACGAACAAAUACCAAACCAACUCAACGAGCAACGAACAAAUACCAGCCAACAAACCAACUCAACGAGUAACGAACAAAUACCAGCCAACAAACCAACUCAACAAGCAACGAGGAAUACCACAUCAACUCAACGAGCAACGAACAAAUACCAGCCAACAAACCUACUCAACGAGCAACGAACAAAUACCAAACCUACUCAACGAGCAACGAACAAAUACCAGCAAACACACCAACUCAACGAGUAA